AUGUCCGAGGCCGCCACGGCGACCCCGCCCUUCCAUCUCGCCUUUCCGGUCGCCGAUCUGCCGGCGACCCGCCGUUUCUACGUCGAGCUGCUCGGCUGCCGCGUCGGCCGCGAGGCGGAGCGCUGGAUCGACUUCGACUUCUUCGGUCACCAGAUCUCGGCGCACCUGCGCCCCGACGAGGUGGCGCAGGCCCGGACCAACGAGGUGGACGGCGACCAGGUGCCGGUGCGCCACUUCGGCGCCAUCCUCGAGUGGCAGGCGUGGCAGAGCCUGGCCGAGCGCCUGACGGCGGCCGGCACCGACUUCAUCAUCGAGCCGCACGUCCGCUUCAAAGGCGAGGCGGGCGAGCAGGCCACCAUGUUCUUCCUGGACCCCAGCGGCAACGCCCUGGAAUUCAAGGCGUUUCAGGACCCGGCCCGGAUCUUUGCGCGCUGA